AUGGGAUUCACCCGCUCCCUGGCCCUUGGGCUACUUUGUUCCCUACCCCUAUUCAACGUUGCGUUGGCGGCACCGACAUCGGCAUCUGACGCUGCUCCACGAUCUGCCAUCGCCGUCAAGCUCAACAAAUCAGCCUCCCGCGCCAGGUCUGUGGCCGGUGCCGACGUCGUCGAAGAUCUCAUCCGCAAGGCGCAGUCAGGCUCAACGCAUGCCAAGCGGGAUGCCCAGUUCAACGUCCUGCCGCUCAUUACAACUCUGACCCCUGAGAAGAUCUCGGAGCUGGUCCAACGGGCCACUGAGUUGACUCCCAGUUACAAGCCGGCGGACUUCGGGUCUUGGUUCCAAGUCCAGUUCCCGGGAUUCUACGGGUUGACGAGGACGACUCCGAGAUUGGUGAGCAUCGCGCACGGCGCGCAAGGCCACGUGGUCGGCAUCACGCGCACGGUCGGCGGCGGGCCCGUGGAGAACGAGCCCGAGGCCAUCAUGGACGCGGCGGCCUACCUCAGCGCCGGCGACGUGAUGCUGCUGGAGAUGCAGACGGGCGACGCCAACAACGACCUCUGGCCCAUCGAGAUCCUCGACGCUCAGUUCGAUGCUAUCAGCCUGGCCACCGCCCUGGGUAUCGUCGUCAUUGAGCCGGCCGCCAACGGCGCCCAGGACCUGGAUCAGCCCGUCCUGCGCGUUGGCGAGACCACGGCGGUGGCGCUGCUGAAUAAGGAUAGCCCCGAUUUCCGCGAUUCUGGUGCGAUUAUGGUUGGGGCGGGCUCUACGACGGUUCAGCACUCCAGGUUGUCGUUUUCGAACUAUGGUAGCAGGGUGGAUGUGUACUCGUGGGGUGAGGGGAUUGCGACGACGAGCGUCAACACGGCGGAUUUCUCCAACGAUGAUAUCUAUGACGACUUUGACGGCACGUCGGGUGCCGCGCCUAUUGUGGCUGGCGCUGCUCUCAGCAUUCAGGGCAUGGUAAAUGUCAACCGCGGGUCGAAGCUGACGCCGGCCGAGAUGCGCAGCCUCAUCACGGUGGGUGGCACGGCGUCAGCCAACCCGUCCACUGAUAAGAUUGGUGUGCAGCCGAACUUGAGGGCGCUUAUUGAUGGGGGGUAUCUGCAGUGA